UGGGGGGGGGGAGGGAGAGAGAGAGUUGGUGCUUUACUACUGCUUGUGUAUGGGAAGGGGGAGGAGGGGGCUUUGGGAUCCUAACAUUUUCCUGUCAUUUAUCCUUUGGGGGUUUCCUUCUACUUUGUGGAUGUCUGCAAAAAGUAAGAAUUUCAGGUUGUGGACUGGAUACGUUCUCAGGUAUUAAAUGGAUCCAUUGAUACAAUGAUCUGUAUGGCUGGUAUGCAAAAUAGAAGUUUUUCCACUGUAACUUGGUACAUUUAACAGUCAUAAACGAAUUUAUCAGUUCCAUAUUUCACUGCCAGCUGGUGAGGUCUCUGUGUUGGUGAAUUCUGGUAACAAAGCAUCCUGCCAGAUGGCUUUGACAGAGAUGUCUGACUUUAAUUCAUCUGCCACAGGCCAAAGUAAUUGGAGAGUUUACACCCUAGGGAAUUACCCAACCUAGAGGUUCAUGGGUUCCAAACCAGGACGUCCAGCUUCGAUGAAGUUCUCCAGCUGGAGAACUCAGGGAAUAGCACAAUGAAUGAAGGGAAAUGGACAGUUGAUGUUUUGGGUUGAGAUCUCUUCACCAGGACUGGAAGGAGGCUGGGCAGAGGGGAGGAUUGCUAGUAUAAAAAGGUGGGGGGAAUACCAGAGGAAAAGGUGAUACAGGAUCAAGCACUUGCCCAGCUGAAGAGUCACAGCCUCUGAAUAAGAGAUGGGUCAUUUAGCACCAAGAUGAUGAGUAAUUUCUUCACCUGGACUGUAGUGGAUCUUUGAAAUUCUUUGUCCAGGAUUCUGCGGAGGCUCAGGUUACGUUCAGCACUGACACGAGUGUUUGUGGAUAUUAGAAAAAUAAAUAAGGGGUGGACAGGAAAAUGAUACUCCAGUGGCAUAUCAAAGUUUAAAGUAAAUUAUCUGAUCAAUGUUUUCGAUGUAAUCAAGAAAUUGGUACUUUUUUACAUUCUACUUGGUCUUGUUUUAAAGUUCAACCUUUUUGGAUAAAUUUAAGAGUUUUAUUGGAAGAAAUCAUUGGAAUACAACUUCCACAUAAUCCAAUAUUAUUUUUACUCUGUGAUAUUGAAGGAAUAAAACUGAAACUUAAAUUGAACAAAUAUCAGAAAAAAAUUAUAAAAAUUGCAUUGGCAGUAGCCAAAAAGGCUAUUGCAUUCACUUGGAAAUCAGAUUCAUACUUAUCUAUGGACUGUUGGAAUAAUGAAAUUUUUAGCUGCAUUCCACUUGAAAAAACUACUUAUAAUUUGAGAAAUGAAUAUGAUAUAUUUCUGAAAAUUUGGCAUCCUUAUUUACAAAAGAUAGGAUUAAAUAUAUAGGCCCUUUGAAGAUAAAUUUAUUAGCCAUUUGGAGAUAGAAAUAAAUAUAUAUAUUAAAGUUAUUUUGAACUCCAUGGAGCAUGUGGGGAUCUUCUAGGCAAUCUUUCUUUCUUUUUCAUUUUUCUUUUUUUUCAGAUGGGGAUGUUAAGGGGGAAGGGCUGAUAUUAUACUCUAUUAUUCUAUUAUACUAUUCAUUCUAUGUAAUUAAUCUAAAAAAUUGAAUAAAAAUAUAUUAAAAACUUCAAAGUAAAUUUAUUAUUAAAGUAGAUAUAUGUCAUUUGCUUGUGGACAUUCAGGAUAAGUACGAGAACACAACAAAGAUCAAUGAAUUUUGGAAAUACAAAAAAAGAAAACCUAAUAAAUAAAUGACUGGAUAAAUAAAAAGUAUUGAGAACAUGAGUCGUAGAGUCCUUGGAAGUGAGUCCAUGGGUUGUGCAUUCAGUUCAGUGUUGUGUUGAGUAAAGUUAUACACUCUGGUCCAAGAGCGUGAUAGUUGAGUGGUAAUAACUGUGUGGUGUGUGUGAGAUCAGUUAUGAUCUUGAUUGAAUUGGUCAAAUGACUGGCUCCUUUAUUGUUGUGAUAUCUUCCUAUUCUCAUUCUCUCUCCCUGCCUCUUUCUCCAUCCUGCAAGUGGAGGGAUCCGAAAUCGCAGGAUUUUCCCCGCAGCCAAUCAGAGGGGAAGAGCACAAGGCGGGAAAAGUUUUUGUUACAAAGUGGAAUCUCACCGGAAAUUGUAGGUAACAAUUGGACCGGAGCAGCCGCAGGCUAACCGGGACCAGGCGUCCCGGCGGAUCCGGACUUGGAUAACAGCUGGACCCGGGCCAGAGUUGAGACAGGGACAUCGGGUGGAGACUGACCGGGGAAGGGCCGGGACUGGGUAGCCGGCCGCAGUCUCAUGGAUGUGCCGCUCUCGGGUGCCGAGCCACAGGACUUUCCCCGCGGGUUCCUGCAGAGCCUGCGGACACUCUUUGACAUCAUGGACGACGAGCGGCGAGGCUCGGUGCACGUCCUGGAGAUCGAGUCCCGCUGGCGGCGGGGCGGGGCCGGCCAGGCUCUGCCCCCGGGUGUGCUCCAGUGCCUGCGGAGGGCGGCGCCGGCCUCCGGUUACCUGACCUUCGAGAGGUUGGUGGCCGGCCUCCGCUCGGCGCUGCUCAGCCCCGGGCCCGGCGGCGGACGAGAGUCCGGCCACAGCAGCGAGUGGAAGAGGGACGUCAGAAGGGGCAGUUUGGAGCAGCCUUGCCCCGGCGGCCCCAGGUCGGCCGGGCAGAUCCCGAUGCUCACCAGACCCGGCUCCGAUAACUGCGACGGUCAUGGAGAGAAGCAGAAAAUCCCCCUGGGGGUGAGGUCCAUGAACGUUCCCGAGGACUGCCCGGGCCAGGAGCUGGGGCGACACUGGGCCCCCGUGGGCGACAAGGAGCAGCGGGCAGAGCGGAGGGAGGCGAGGCCAGCACUCUGGCGGGAAGCCUCUGAGCAGAGAGUGCUGGAGGAGCAGAGACGCCUGAAGGCAGACCGGAAGCACAUGAACCGUUGCCAGAGUGAGGUUGCCUGCAGUGGAAUAGCUUAUAGCCGGCGUCUGGGACGUGACCGCGGCGAGGCACGGCGUCACACCAUCACCAGUGGAACCGACUAUGGCGCACUGAAGUGGAUGAAGGAGCUGGAGCAGGAGAAAGAUGCUCUGCUGCAGGGUCUGGAGAUGAUCGAUUGUGCUCGUGACUGGUACCUCCAUCACAUCCAGGCCAUCCAGGACCAUCAGAGGAACAUCGGCCAAUCAUCUGCUGGCAGUGCUGAAGCCGCCCGGCGGACCUCGGGGAGGUUGGACCAGCUGCUACCCAAACUCCAACUCGUCAGCCGCUGCCUCGCCGACCUCACUUCCUGUUCGGCAAAGCCACAGGCGAGGUCGUCCAAUGCGGCUGAUGGCCCCGUCCGAGCCGGCGUUCCGGGACUCGGGAACAACGCACAGGUGGUCAGCAUGCUGAAGGAGCAGAACCGGCUGCUCACCAAGGAGGUGACCACCAAGAGCCAGCGAAUCACCCAGCUGGAACAGGAGAAGUCGGCCCUCAUCAAACAACUCUUUGCCGCCCGGUCGCGGGCCCCGUUGGAGAACAGCCAGCUCGACUCCACCUUCAUCUAAGGGCAGGUCGGCCCGACACUCCUUGCUGCCUCCUGCUUGGUCGCCGCUCCCACCUGAGGGUGGGGGGGGUGGAGGCAGAGGCACCCUGCACUCUCCACACCUCUUCACUCCUAAAUCCUCAUACUGCGCCGGCACUGACCUUCUGGUGGGCUGGGUCUCGGGAGGACCUUGCUGGUCGACGCGGAGGGAGAGCAGGCAGUGACGCUCCCUCUGUUCCUUGUUUACUCGGUGCUGGAGAUCCCAACAGCCUGUGUUUACAUCUGCAUUCUGUUUACAUUUCACUACCGUCGGUACUCACUGUCAGACUCUGGACCAAGGCCCCUGUCAGCCACACUGUGGGGGCAUUGACCACUGACCACUGGGACGAAGCUUCUGUUUGCUUCUUUCCAAUAAUAAAACUUCUAG